UGAUAACUAUCAACCCUAGAGAUAAGAUAAUAUUUUUUGAUCUUUUAACAAAUUUUUUCUUCGCGCAACCAUUUAUCUGAAAAAUCGUUUGCAAUCCGGAACGAAUGUAUUCAAAAAUAAAGCGUUCACUUUCGUUAAAAACUUCAUCUGACAUCGUACAGCAAAUAUUUCGUCAUAUCUGAAAGAAAAUUUGCUCUAUUUUCGAUUAAAUAGUUUUAUUUUAUUCCAUUUUUAUUGUUCUACGAUGUUAUGACAAAAGGAAUUGACUCCGAAAAAUUGGUUUGAUACAAAGUGAGUCCUAUGGGUUCAGAAAAGAAACCAACUCAAAGAAGCUGCGUCGUAGACUUGCUUAUCAUUCUUUUUGGUGUGAGUUCAUGGGUGGCUGUAAAUGGUCUAUGGGUGGAACUGCCCAUAUUGGUCAAUACAUUACCUGAACAUUGGAAGUUGGCAUCUUACAUAAUAAUCACAACCCAAGUUGCGAAUUUAGGGCCUAUUCUUUUCAGUGCAGCACGUAAAAUUUGGUCUCAAAAGGUACUAGAAAUACCAAUAAUACACGCUUCGCUAGCCCUUGUCAUAGUUGCGUGUGUUUUGUUAAGCCUCUUUUGGGACCAAACCACUUUCAUUUUUGGAGCCUGGCACAGUACAUCCUUAUUCAUACUAACCUUCUUCUUGGCCUUUGUGGAUUGCACGUCUUCCCUUCUGUAUCUACCAUUUAUUGCUCAUUUCAAGGAACAAUACGUCAUAUCUUAUUUGGUAGGAUCAGGAUUGAGUGGUCCAGUUCCAGGCAUCUUAGCCUUGGCACAAGGUGUUGGUGGCUAUGCGGAAUGUAGAAAUAUCUCAAAAACAACGGAGACUGAAUUCGGGAAUUUGACAGAAUACAGCAUUGAAGCAUUCUAUCCACCGCCAAGGUUUUCAGCCAAUAUCUUUUUCGGCGUUCUCUGUGGGCAAAUGUUAAUUAGUUGGCUAGCUUUUAUACUGCUCAACCAUUUACCAGCUGCUAAAAGAGAAAGAGUUAGUUUUCUUCCACUCUCGCUGCCUUCAAAUCCCGCCAUUGCAGAAAAUUUCCAGAGCUCGAUUGAAAAGGAUUUUAGUACAAGUCUAGAAAAGUCAGCUUCUGCAGAACAACAUCUGCUAGGAAAACCUCUUUUAACUACUUUUCAAUAUGCUGUAAUUUUAUUUGUACAAGCAUUCAUAUCCACUAUGUUUAACGGAGUACUACUAUCCAUUCAGACUUACUCCUGUUUACCGUAUGGAAGUGUUGCAUUUCAUCUGACUGUCACUCUGUCCAAUAUCGCCAAUCCUCUCUGCUGUUUCCUUGCCAUGUUUCUACCAGUCACAAAAGUGUGGUCAGUUACUGGAGUAGCAAUCUAUGCAAGUGCUUGGGCAGGAUAUAUUUUAACAACAGCCCUCACGAGCCCAGAGCCACCUUUUGUCCACGUUGCCUUCGGAGCUUAUCUAGUGGUAACUGCUUGGAUAAUGGUUUCAGGAUCAGUUGCUUAUACAAAAGCAUGUAUAGCUUCAAUUCUUCGACGUGCAGGAGGACAAGUUGCUCUGUACCGAUGCGGUGUAAUGACACAAAUAGGAUCUGCAGUGGGCGCUCUUGUGACAUUUAGUUUGGUGCAAUACACAACACUCUUCAAAUCAUAUGACCCAUGUAGUUGAUGUAAUAAGUUCAGGGUAGACAGAACACCCAAAACGGACUUCAUUAAGAAGCAUAUAAACUAAAGGAUUUGAAGGAUCAUUAGUCAGAAACCACCAAACCAGUAAAGAUCGCAACAGGAACUGAUAUUCUGAGUAUUUUUGAUUUAUAAAUUGAGGUUGAAGUACAUAUUGAGCUUUGUGAUAUUAUUUUGACAUUCGUUGUCUUUUACGUUGAGGAUGUUGGUAAAAAUGUUGAAAACUUGCACAGCUUGUAUAGUAUUACUUUUCGCGCUUGAGAAAUAUAAAAAAUAAAGCGGUUAUGAAAAUAUCUUU